UACGUCAAGGAUUAAGUUUAAUAGGCUUCUCUCAUCUGCCUCAGUCGACAUGUCUUGAGCGCGAAUGUAGCUCUUAACCUUUAGGACUUUUUUUGGACUAUGGACAUAUUUUGUUUUCUACUAGUUCUAGUUUUAUUGAACGUUCCGGUGUAUGAAACAUUUUCUCAAUGUUUACGUGGGUGUAGCUGUGUAGAAGACCGUCAUGGAAGGUCGCUUAUAUGUAUGGAGGAGAGUGCGUUUGGGGCCAUACCAGAGAACCUUCCAGGGGAUAUGAACAAAAUACGAAUAGAAAAGUCUCACUUCACUGAAAUACCCCGUGGGGCUUUCUCAAAAACACCCGCUUUGGAAAACCUGUGGCUGAACUUCAAUGACAUCACAGUUAUAAACUCAAAGGGCCUGGAGGGUUUAGGAAACUUAACCGAGCUUCGUCUGCAGGGGAAUAAACUGCGUUCAGUACCAUGGACAGCGUUCGAGGACACGCCGGUCCUGAAGAUCCUGGACCUGAAGCACAACCAGCUGGACGUCCUGCCGGAGCAUGCGUUAAAAUUUUUGCCCGGUCUGACUUACUUAGACUUAUCCUUCAAUCAGCUUACGGUCAUAUCGAAGGAGGUGUUCCAAAACUGGCCUCUGUACCAGAAACUACAGAGCCGCGAAGAGCAGGAGGCGACUGGAUUCGAGCCGAACGUCGUCUUGGCCCUCCACGACAACGCCUGGCUGUGCGACUGCCGCUUGAAGGGUUUCGUGGAGUUCAUCAGAUCUGUCAGCCCACCUAUUAUUCUGAUGAACUCCUACUUGACCUGCUCAGGGCCGGACUAUAAGGCAGGAAAGUUCUUCCAUGAGGUAGAUCUGCGGCCGUGCAUGAAGCCGGUGGUCAGCACUCCGUCGGCCAACAUCAGCCUCCCUCUGGGCGCAAACUUCACCCUCCGCUGCCUCUCCAAGGCCAGGCCAGAACCGGCAGUGUGGUGGACAUAUGGCCUGAAGAUAAUCAGAGGAUUUCAUGAGUCCCAGGAAAGAGUAGAUGAGGACACUAUCAGAUCCUUCCUGGUGAUUCCCUCCAUCCACACAUCUGACCGUGGCGUCUACACCUGCACUGCCGUCAACUUCAUCGGAAACUCCUCUGCCAGCAUCUUCGUGGACAUCAUUGCCCCAGACAGCUCCGUGUCUGCAGCCCUGCCUGGAUUUGUGGCCCCCCCUGCCUCUGGAGAUGAAAACGUCUACAUUGACAUUCGGAUCGCCAAACAGACAGUUCGUGGCAUCGCCAUUGAGUGGUACGCCGCCCUAGAGCACCCAGCUGAGACCUGGUUCACCAUCCACUUUGGCCGUGUAGAUGAUAAUACAAAAGAAACGGUCUACAUUGGCCCUGGCAUUCAUUCUUACUCUGUCUCAGACCUGCUGCCUGCUACCAAAUAUGAAAUCUGUGUGACACUUAAGAACCAGACACCACGCCCUGGCCAGUGCAUUGUGUUUGUAACAGGAAGUGACAUCACCGAGAUGGAACAGAGGGAGAAGCUGAUUCACAUAGUGGUGAUAGUUUUGGCCAUGGUGCUGGCUGUGCCCAUAGGCAUGUUCGCCUGCACCACUGACACCAAGUUGGCUUGCCUGGAGGGUCUCAUGAGGUCCUGGAAGAAUCGGCGAAGGGAAAACUCCAUGCAGGGGUUGGAACGGGAGAGGCAAGGCACCUUCGACAGUCUGCAGGCUGCCAGCGAUGAAGGCCUGGUUAAUAAAGAUUCAAGUGACGACAGGAAGGUGAGGAGGAGGUCAGAUGACAGACUAUAUAAGGGCAAAGCUGACCACAGCAGACUCACCGCUGAACUAUAUUAGAUUAGUAUUUACUAACUUCAUAGUAAAAUGAAGAAUCUGACCUUUUUGUAGACCUGCCUUUCCCAAAUAUAGAAAUGAGACCCAAAAUGUUUUUUAUUGAUCCACCAAUUUACAGAGAUAAACCAAAGACUAUACAGUAUAUAUUCAGGGAAGGAGCUACUGCAGUGUCAUCCACUGGUUACUGAACUUCUGUUUUGAAGCCAUGAAUUAGUUUUUUGGCUGUCACCAUGAUGGCUUUUUCAAGCCAGACGUGACAAUAUGCAGACAAAUAGAGCUGAGUUGUAUGAGUAGAAGGGCUUAUGGGAUAGCUAAUGCUAGACACAAUGUACUGACAUAAAAUGGGAAACUUAACCCACCCUUACAAGGGUAAUUAAUAAACUACAACUAAAGAUGAGCUAUCUGUCUGGAGGAAAUUCUAUAAUAUGCUGGACAAAUAUUAUCCAAUAAACAGAUGAAUCAUCAAUCAAGAAUCAGAAUCUGCUUGAUAGCAGACACCAAAACCUUUUGUUUUACCAAAAAUACUUUUAGAUUAGCUCUAGUUUAAAAAUGGACAUUUGGAGCUUCAAAAUAAAAAUGAAUGAUACUAGAAAGACUUCUGGAGAAAAAUAUAUUGACUUAUCAUUGGACAAGUCUGAUGUAAGUUUAUGGAAACCUGACUUUUUAAAGCCACCAUCUAGAACUGCACUUAAAGAUAUGUCAACAUUGGCUUCAUUUCACACAUUGAUUUUGGACUAGGCAUCUUCCAGGCUUUGGAUUUAUAGCACAAAGUUAGCCAGUUGUGUUUAUGAACAUUGAUAUUUCUAGUUAGUUUCAUGUGGCUGUUAGCCAGUGACUAAUGCAUUGCUAACUAGUUAACAUUAUUUACUAGUAUUAGAAAUGGUCACUGGUAUUAUCCUGCCAGUCACGAUUUACAUUCUGACAUUCCAACGCAGAGUCAUGAGCCAAUGUGGAUUAGACUGAGUGCAUUUAUUAAACAUUGUUUUAAUGAAAGUAGAUCUUGGGACGAUUUCUAAUGUAUUUUUUAAGUUUUGGAAACACCAAAUUUUGGGUCUCGAGCUGAAAAUGUUUGGGAAAACCUAUUGAAUUACAUCUUUAUAUUUUGUGUUUUUAGAAAUGAUAUGAAUAUUUGAUCAUGUUUUGAUCUGCAGAUGCUUUUACCCAAUAAAAUAUUGCAGUGUGAUAAUUUGUGAAACAAAUAGAAAGAUAUCUGCUGAAUGACACUGAAUACUUUAAUGUAAUGUUCAAUUGUGUAUAAAUAUUGUCUGCCUUGGUUUUAAUCUUAUCUCUUCCUCUGUUCUAGGCCGAGGAGUUUGUUGCAAAGAUGUGAAUGAUGGACAUUAUGUCAAGACUGUAAUUCAAGGAUUUACACCAGUGUAGAGAACAUGCUGUGGUUUGCUCCUGUAUGAUUUAGAAUGUUUAAAUCAUUAAAUGUUUCAACAUUAAUCUCUAUAUUAUAGAAAGCUGCAUGAAAGUUUGAAUCCUUUGUGAAUUGAAAUUAAUGCACCUCAACAUGUUUUUUUGAUAUACAUUAAAUAUGAUCACGAUUAUUAUAUGAAACAAGUGCGUUAUUUAAUAAACUACUGUCAUUUGUCUUAAAAGACUGUGUAACUUAAUGGAAUGUGGGAUACUUUUUCUUGUUUUAUUUAGUAAGAACAGCAGAUGAUGGGGCAAUAAAUCAAGAGAUGUACACAUCUUUAUAAUUA